ACUAUAAAUCUCCGCCAUGCGAAAAAAAGGAUUGUUCACUGCACAUUCCCGCUGCUCGCACACAUUUUGCAUACGCAUAAUAUAAUGGCCUGCGCCAUAGCUCACCAAUGACACUUAAAUGAGUUGCAAAACUUGUUACAGGAAAUUGAUUUCAUACACAGUGAACUCAUCAUUUGCAUAAAAGGUUCUCAAAAUAUGUGUUAAAAAAGUAUAAUUGUCGCGAUUAGCAUAACAUGACAGACUUGCUUUUAAAAGCUUGCCUCAGCUGUAAAUCUUUCAAAGUCUCUAGAGACCGCCAACUUGAUUUUUUAAAUUAUAGGCCCUCGUAGUUAUUAAGGAAUUUUCUAGAAUACACCUAUGUUUACAAAAAUAUUGAUCAGUUUGGGUAAAAUGAUACAAGUCUUUGUACCGAAGCUGGAGAGUCUAUAUGUUCGAUGGUUUAGGAAAUAUUUGACAAAAAGUAGCGCCACGAAUUUUUGACCGCACUAUAGGCUAGGAGUUUUUACCCAGUCUACUGUCCAUCUUAAAGGAGUUUACCAAGUCUAGACGGCGCUGUCAGGCUGAGUUGCUACCUGUAAACAAUAUGGCCGCUGGCAUGCAAGUCGGCCUUGGUAUGAAUGCGUCGCCAAACGAACCAGUUGCCUUCAUAACGUAGUCUAAUAUGCCAAAGACCGCAAAGUGCGCUCCAAAACGGUUGUGGAAUAGUGUGCUUAAUAAGAUGAAUUUGUAGAAAUACAGAGUCGAAAAAGCGUCUUCUUCGUACUUUGAAAAUGAUACGGAGGCCGAAUAAAAACACAUUUAUUGAACCUGAAAGAAAAAAAACAACAUUCAUAUAAUUGUUCACUAACCUACACAUGUGAUCUUAUUAUUCAAAUGAUUUGGCGAUCUGCGAUCUGCGUUGAGUUGAUGCUAUAGCUAAUGAAGAUUUAAAUAUUGAUUCAUUUGGGGGCUUGACAGUCUGAUCCCUUUUUGUGGUGUUGUAUGGCGGCUGAAUGUGACGUGUAGAAGAGUAUAUGAAUUCUGAUCUUGUGAGAGAAGGGACAGAAGAUCCUCAAGCAUUUCAAGAUGGACAUCAGCAAUAACCCACCAUUUGGGUUAAACUUAGAAAACAGGAAUGAUGAAAGUGAAAAUGAUGAAUCAGAUAAAGCUGAAGGAGGUUUUGACACCAAAAGGACCUUCUCUGAAUUAGAUUCAGAUUCUGAAUGUUUCAACGAUGAGGGAAUACUGGUAGCUACUAAUGAUGAAUAUGACCCUAAAAAUAUGGAAGGGGAUACAGCUGCAGAAGAUCAUGACCCAAUUUUUGAGGAAAUCAAGGAUGCCAUUGCAAGGAGACAGUCACAAAGUAAAUCGUCGAGUUCAAAUAGAAGUGUCACUUCAGAUGAUACACCUCAAGUGAGGAUAUCAGAUCAGUAUGUUUCCAUCCCCUAUGGUAUCCAGCCUCGUGCAAGCUAUGAACAUGGAAAGCGGAGCUCUGAUAUCAUGGGAGUCACAUACAAUGGGAGGAUGAGACAGUUUAUCAUCCUUGACUCCAAAGGCAUCACAACUUGGAAAAGGGAUGCUGUCAAAAACAGGGUUGAGCGAGCUCUGCAGUACCCGAAGUACGAGUACAGGCUGAUCACCUACAUGUUGUAUGCCAAGAAGUUUAACUGCUACUUUGCUCUGGGGAAAGAUUUCUCCUUAAAGGUGUACAACAGAGAUUUUUGUGAGACUUGCUCAGUGAGUGCAGAUUUGAGGUCUGUUCUGUUCAUGCUGUUUAAUCCAGUUCGAGACGAGCUCAUUACGGGGGGAGUAGGUGGAACCAAGGUCUGGAGAUUCCAUCAACAAGUUGGCAAGUCUAUUGUGGAGCUGAAGCCUCUUGCAAAUUAUGGGCUAACACUGAAGUAUGAGCUUCCCAAUGUCGGAGGAAGCUGGGUGAAGAGAGUGGAACUAGACCAUGACCUUGAGCAUCUCUACUGCUGCAGUGACACUGACCUACAUGUCUACAACUUGACAGGGAAGCUGCUGUUUAAAUUUGAAAGAGCUCACAUGAUGUCCAUCACUGGCUGCCGAUACUCUAAGAGUGCCAGUGUUCUUGUAACAUCAAGCAUUGAUUGUGAAGUUAAAGUCUGGAGUUUGAUGGGUGGCCUUGUCCACACAUUCCGUGGUCACUCUCGAGCAGUGACGAACCUGAUUCUUCACCCAGCCACCCCUAGCAUUGUCAUCACCUGCUCCCUUGAUGGGACAGUCCGCAUGUGGUCACUCGACACAAUGGACACACUCUAUAGCCUGGUGGUGUCUGUUGAUGGAGUUCUCUGGAUGGGCCUCACUGAUGAUAAUAUGCUGUUUAUGAGCACACCAAGGGCCCUGACGCUGUGGAACCUCAACUAUAGCAUGCAGUUCUGGGCCCUAGCCCGUAGCAGUGUAACUCGCAUGAAGCUCUGUGGCAGCAGGGACAAGACCACAAGGCUGAUGGCUGUCAGCGAGGAUAGCAGUAUACGUCUGAUGGCACGGAGCAACUGUAAGAACCUGAGUACUGUGCUGCCCCCUCCCAGCAUCUCUCCGCUGCAGCGUGUACUGAGCGUCUGCUACAGCCGAGAGUUCAACGUCAUCUACAUGCUUAUCAAUCCUCACGAGAUUUGGUUGUACACCAGCAGGACGGACCCAUGUUGUAGAAUGGCAGUUUGGGAUGUGAUUGACAUCCAGGACACCUUCCUGGAACAGAGGCAUGGCACAAACAUGAUGGGGGAGGAAAUGGGAACCACCACGUCAUCGUGGAAUAAACCAUCUCCUAGCCACCGAGCCACGGAGAAUGGGGUUGGCAAUGAAGUGCUGUCCAACUGCUGUUGUAUUACAGUCCUCAACUCCACGGCAAUGGUGUGGACGGAUGAAGGCUGUUGCUGUCCCAUCAGGGACUCCUAUCUGCUCUUGGGUUUAGAGGAUGGCAGAAUCUUGUUCAUGGAUCCUGUGAUUAAAGGACACAAGUAUCUAGAAUUCAAAACUGGGAAAGACCCUGUGUUGGACAUGUGUCACGACACAGAGCACAACGGCCUCAUCACACUGUACAAACUUAAAGACAGAAUGCAGAUUCAUGUCUGGGGGUUACCGGACCUUGAACUUCAGCAUGAAAUCUAUGUGUCUCCGGAUCUCAGGGACUAUGCCCGUGUGGGCUACAUACUUGUAACAGGACAUGAGAGCGGCAGUGUCAUCUUUAACACCCUUGAACACGCAACAGAUCCAGGGCUGCACAAGGCCAAAAUGCUUCCACCAUACCACGAAGUGAUUGACACCCACCAUAAGCCUGAACAUCAGGCACCAAUCAUCACUGUUGAUGUCUGCACCACUCUCAAGAUCUUCUGCUCUUGCAGUGAUGAUGGUGCCAUAAAAAUCUGGAGUGAUGAUAACGUCCUUAUGACAGAGAUCAUGUUAGACACGAGUCUGACGUCAGCUUGUUUCCUCAACACCAUGGGGGACCUGUUGGUUGGGUUUCAGAAGCACAUCUUCUACAUGGACCACACUAAAGUGUGCUCUCAGCUGACCGUUACAGAAGCAGAGAUGGAAUCUUUUGAUAAAGAAUCAUUCAUCUGUGAGGACCCUGCUGUGUUGUACGAAGGUGUCACUCCGAACCCUGACCCUGUGAACUUACAAAACUACCUGGUUCCGUUUGACAUAGAGUUUUCUAAAGACUUCCUGGAGGGAAGAGUGAAAUUAGAACCUGAGGUGGUGAAGAAAGAGGAAUCUGAUGAAGAAUCUGAAGUGUCGAUGGCACCAACAGAAAUCUACUACUCUCCAGACUCAACUCCAAGACGUCGCUUGUCACUGGUCGACCUAACCCUGGGUUCAGAGGUCAGCAAGUAUGACUUGCUCAAACACAUGAAGAAAACUCUGGAUCAUCUCGCUGAAAAAGAGCGCAGGGAGGCAGCGGAGCUUGCCUUGCAACAGAAGCAGGCCAUGCAGAGAGCUACCCCAGCACACAAGCGAAGGAUGAGAAGACAGAUGCGUAAAUUGGGCUUUGAUGAUGAAGAUCUAGGGCAGACUUAUGACAGAGCUCAGAAGGAGGGUCAAGACGAAGGUGUUGAGAAAGAUGAAGAAGUGGAGAAGUUUAGCUUCCCACAGUUUGGAGAAUCACCGGGCUCCACUCCGAGGUCAACUCCACCCUCCACUCCGGAGAUUCUGUCAGGGGAUGAGGAGCCAGAGACUGAUGUGACACAAGAGACUGUGGAUGUAGCAGUUAAAGUGGAGAUCAAAGUGAAGGAAAAUGAUGAGAUCUCAAAGUUCCUUGAAGCUGAGCAAGCAAAGGCAAAACAGCAGGAGAAAACUGAGACCCCACGCGGAGGUCAGCCAAAGCGUACAAAGUUUGGCUUGGGCAGCUUCACCGUUGACGCAGACAGUUUGAUUAAAAGUGCAAAAAAAUCGCCACGAGUUGUCAAGCGUGCAACGGCCUCUGUUCCCUCGCAUGCCCAAAAAGGGACAGAUUCUGACUCUGACUCUGGAGAGAAAAAACCCAGCAGAAAAGAGCGACAGGUAAAGAAGAAGGCAAUGAUAUCCUCACAGAAAAGAGUUGGUCCUAAACAGAGAAAACCAGAAGGAAAGGGAGUUGAGAAAGUGGAAGAGCCUCCCACCCAGAUGCAAGCUUUAACGAUGAAGGAGCAGACACUGGAUGUGCCUGACUCAAAGGUCAAGGAGAAAUCAGAAACAGAUGAAAUUGAUGGUGAAGGUGGCGAGAAGAGAGACUGGGAGACAGUCUCAAGAGGAGAUGAUCACCUUGAUGGCAAAGAGGGGAAAGCGACUGGAUUAAGUAUGCCAAAAGUGCGAGAUGCGAUGUCACCAACACCUCUUGACCAAUCCCUGGCAAAAGACCUCCCCAUGGUACCUGGACUUCCCACGGUGCCUCCUGCCCAAGAAGGCAGUGGGGCGUCUGGUAGGCCUGCUGUCCCAUCCGCCGCUGAAUCAAAAGCGGCUCUCAUCAAGAAGCUCGGGAACCGCUCAGCCAUGGAUUUUCACAGCUCCACCAGGAUGCCAGGAGAAGCAACUAGUGGUGCUGGCGACGUGGGCUUGCCAGAUUCUGAACCUCCUGCCUCCGACGGUGCAAGCCAAUCGGGGACAGGAGUCCCGGGCAGAGGGUCGGCAACUUCAAUGGGCUCCGAAGAGUCCCGUACAGCCUUCCGGAUUGGUUUGCUGUCAAUGGAGAAGACAGUCACUGGAGAGGAACUGACGGGAGCGGACGGCAUCAACAAGUCGUCCACGCCCUCUGACAUGUGGGCCGGCCAGGCUUCAGGCAAGUCUCCUCCUCCUGACGCAGCCAGCACUGACAUCAGUAUCUCACGCCCCGCCUCCCAGAUGCUGUCCGAUUUCUCUGCUCAGCCCCCCAGCAUAUCCACCGAACCUCGGUUUGAGCGAGAGGAGAGCAUCGAGCCUCGUUUUGGCUCAGACGCCUUCCGCCAGGAGAUGGACGCGUCUGAAACUGGUGCCGCCUCUAUGGACAGUGGCUGGGUGGACUCCGACUUUGUUUCUGUGUCCAGUCUGGAGGUUUACUCACGGAGGCGGAAGUGAAUGAGGCCAAAGCCAGACCGAUGACCUCUCUGGAGCAAAGCUUUUCCGAUCAACCUGAAAUGCAAAAUGCCCUCAAGUAUUUCCGUCAGCGUCCAAGGACUGCUCAGAUGAAGUUUGAGACAGAGCUGGAACUUAUCAUGGAAUUACCGCACUCUCACAAAGAUCUCCAGCAGGCUUUUGAUUCUUCGCUGGUCAACUACCGACGGUUAGCAAGCUCAAAUUUAGCCAGUGACCAGCUAUACCGAAAUGACGACAUGGCCUUCUCGGAGAACUGGCAUGAGAGGCAGAUUGAAAGGCACAUGUUGAUCCGCAUGCAGAAAGAACUACGGUCUCAAAAUGCACAAAAACGACGUCAGCUCAUGGAAAUGAGGAAGCAAGAGAAAUGGGCUCAGCAUGUGCAAGCAGUGCGUACGCAUGACCCACGCCCCACACCUGCCCGUGCCAGCACAGUUCAUGGGUCAAGGCCAUCUAACAUGUUCCCAGCCCCAACACCUGAGUCAUCGCGUCCACACACAGCCACAGGGAUCUACAGACAUUCGCAACCAUUGAUUACAGCGUCACCACAACAGCAGCAGCUGUAUGCUCUACAGCAUCAAGGACAACAGCUUCCAGGGCAGGGUCCAAUGACGAUGCGGCAACAAAUGCAGCAGCUUCUUGAAGCCAGAACGCGACAGCAGGAGGUUGAGAACAACCUUCGAGGAAAAGCUCUUCUUGGCAGUGAGAAACCUUUCAGAUGUCGAAUCAGACCACAGGAGAGCCCUCAUGAUGGUGAGAUGGAGAGUGGAGCUGACCAGCCUCCCUCCAUUGACCCGUGGCUGCUGGACCCACGUAACCCACGUGCUGUACGACCCAAAUCAAGCAAGUCCAUACCCAGCAAAUGCCAUCGCUAUGUUCUGGUGACCAAGCCAAAGACCAAACUUCACAUUCCACUGCCAACGCCCUUGGAGGAACACCUUCUAGCCACCCGAUUUCCUGACCAGGGGGAAAAGGUUUUCCGACGCUACGAGGGCCUGUUGUACCACCCACCUCGCCGACCUGCGUAUGGCAUUGACUACAGCCCAUAUCAACAUCAACUGUAUGGUUAAUGUCACAAUCUGAACUGCUUUGUCUUGUUCUUGGUUUGGAAUGAUGAUUUUUUAUUAUUUCAGCAAAACUUUUUGAGGUCUUGAAAGUGGUUAGAAAUACAUCAGAUCUCUGGCUGUGAAAGAAAGGAAGCUGAGUUUACCAACUUCACCAAAGAAUAAGCAAAA